CUUCAACGCAGAUGGUUGCAAGACAACAACUUCACUGAAUUGCCUCCCGAAUUAUUCCAAGAUCUAAAAAGACUGAAGGAACUGUAAGUUACAUGCAGACGCUUUUUAGCUAUUUAGCUCUGUAACAGCGGUUAAGGGAUGAUUAUUAGCAUUUAAUGUCACCUCCCUUCCAAAAGAAGCCUGCUCGUGUGAUUAUAUUGAUAAUAAUAAUCUAGUAACCCUAUUAUUGCGUCAAUAACUAUACGAGAUUAGAGGAGAUAUUUCCAUUUUCAAAUUUUUCUGAUAUUGCCUUCAGCACUAAAAACGGAAAGAAACCAAUUGAACCAUCUCAAACUGUAUCGUCAUUGUUGUUUUGAUAAGCAGAAUAGAAGAUUUUCAGUCAUACAGCAACGAAAUCGAUGCGUGCCAUAGAUCGUGUCUAGUCAUUAAAUAGUUUUCUGUUGUGAACUAGUUAGGUGUCUGCACAAAACACGGGCUCGAUGAUUUCUUUACUGAGUAAUUCACUGGAAUAGGAGAGAUAAUCAGCUUCUACCAGCCUCAGAUAGCAGUGCUUAGGGUGCGAUCAAAUUUCAACUUGUCAAGUGGCUAUUCCUUUUCUGUAAAAUUAGCGAGCCAGCCAUGGCGAUUGCACUGCAUUAACUGUUCCUUUCUCUUUUUUAUAUUACGCACAUUGCUUGUACACGAUUACAUUUAGCUCCUUCAUUUUUCUUAAUGGCCAGUGUCUGUAUGUAUUUUUUUUAACGAAUUUCAAAUAACAUUGUGAAUUAAGACGCACUUUCUUGUCUUGUCAUUCCUAUUAGCUAUCUGUCUAACAACAAAUUGAAGACUCUACCAGAUGGAAUUUUUAACAGCCUCUCCAGUCUGAAAUAUCUGUGAGUACAGUAAUCAUUCAACAAAAGAAAAAAUGUGAAAAGAGGUCAAUGAAUUUUUCCAAGAGCACAUUUCUCAAAGCUGCGUGGCCAUAUUCAGUUAACAGAAACAUGUAAAGUAAAACUGAAAGGUCUGAAGUGUAUAUAAAUCGAAAUUUGCGAGCGCUCAUGUUUUUUUACUGAAACAGCACAGUUCUGGUGAUAAAAAUGAAUAAAUUGCUAGAUGAAAGUACGCUAAAACAGGUCAUUUAUUAUGAGGAGAGCGAAAGAAAAUAAGACCCACAACCCCUGGGUCAUUCUCCUCCAUAAGGAUUAGUAAAAAACUCUAUGGAUAAUUUUUUGUCUCCCUGUCAUGAAGAUUUCAUGGUCAAUUUUUGUAAAGCUGUUUAAACGAAUUUUAGAAUGCUACAUCACGUUGAUGUGCUUUGGUGAGACAAAUUGAGGUACUUAGAGAUUUUAUUCUAUGAAUCAAUAUUGGUAAUUUCAUGAUAUAUUUGUAACUAUGGUUGUUAUUACAUUUUAGGGAUUUGUCAAGUAAUGAAAUUGGAUAUCUACCGCCAUACAUCUUUAAAAAUAUUACAGCUGUAAGACUUCUGUAAGUGAUAUUCUCCUUAAGUUGAGAUAAAUCAAAAAUUAUCUUUCAGAGUUACCUUGCAAUUACAACAAGAAGCGAGGAAAUCGGCUUCCUAGUUUAUGACAAUUUACAUUUCUUAUAUAUUUUAGGCAGCUUAAAAUUUUUUGUCUUGCAAUUAUUUUUUGUGACAGAAGCUUAGAAUUUGUUGACGUAGAUCCUAAAGCAACCCAAAUAAUAUAAUUUUGUAAAAAUGGGCAAUAGACUACUUACGAUUUUUCAAUUCAGCUUUAAACAACACAGGGCCCAGUUGUUCAAAGGUCGAUUAGCCCUAACCCAGAAUUGAAUUUUAAUUCAGGUUUCUUUAUUUCUUUGUCCAAGAGUCUUUAAGGAAAAUUUUUCACCAUUCUUUUAGAACAUCCAAUGAUCAAAUUGGAAGCAAAAAACUUUGAACUGAAUUUUCUCUUAAAGCUUUCAUACCUGAAAUCAAAUCUCACACUAACCCUGAGUUACCCUAACCCAGCUUUGAACAACCCGGGCCAGACCUCGAGCAGAGGUUUCUGGUAAUAAACUCUAAAUUUUCUCUGACCUGAGAGCAUUAAAGUUGCAUGUAGCUCUAAUGUUUUCUUUUUUUCUAUGAUAUUCAAAUAUCAAACCUGGGAGUUAAUCGUACUGCAGUAAACUAAGAAGAUAAUUAAGACAAAAGUAGAUUUAAAGAUAUCCCUUCAUGUGUGUAUUUCAGUCUAACAUCUGCACCGCGCUUUUUCAGGAAAAUGGACUACAACAAAAUUGAGAGGCUUCAUGAAGAUCAAUUCCAGGGCUUAGUGGAGUUGUUCGAGUUGUAAGUACAUUUAGAUUUUAAAUGGUAAUUUUUCAUUAUGAUCUGUUGCAAUCUAAAGCAUAUUUUAGAACCAGCCCAUUCAUAUGAAUUUUGAAAAAAACUCAUUCAGUGAAUAAAAGUUGACAUGGAAAUGUCUACAAAUUAACCAUAUUUAUAUGAAGAGAGGUAAUACCCAAAGAAGCGCAUGAUUAUCAUAUAUUAGCAAGGUUUUUCUUUUUAACGUUUAAGCGAUAAACGGCUCAAGUGCACCGAGAUUUCUGUUUAUAUUCGUCUUUCAGAUUAUAGAGCCGCAAUGAUAAAGUUAACUUGAAAGGAAAAGAGCUUUUUUGAACAAAGAAAAAAUGGCUCCAAUUUAGCUGAGUCUAUAAAUUUUGAUUUUGAGGACGAAGGUUUGGAUUAAAACGGCCAUGCGAUUAAUUUUCUGAGGAAAUUAAUUUGUACAGAUAUUAGUUGGAACAGAAAAUCAGGAGCCAUAAAAGGGAACACCCUAGUAAAUAUAGUUAGUAUCCUCUAUUUGUACUAGCCUGUAUAAUAAAUGGAACACAAUCUUUGUCACCAGAUCUAUAUAAUUGUUAUAUAGUUUUGAUAUCAGUUUUGCUGUUUAAAUUAGAUAUGCCAUGCCUAGUUAUUCUAUGUUACUUGUAUAUUAAUUUAAAUUCCCCCUUACCUGUUUCAGACAUCUCUCGGAGAACAGAAUCGAGGCUUUGCCUGACAAGAUUUUCGAGGGCGUUAAGGACCUCAAGGGCCUGUGAGUACAGCUGAAAACAUACGAAACAAUUUCUUAAAUUGUUUUAAAAGAUGAAAAUGUACAUAACAGAAAGAUGCACAAUAUGGAAUUCUUUUUUGAAAAUUUUAACAUGAUCUCCAACAGGCGUGGUGUAAAUUGUAUUGCUCAACAGCGAAAUUUUAUUACUAUCUACUUUCUUGACGAAAAAAAGGGUGGCUUGCUAUAAACAUGGUUUUAUUGAGCAAAGGUGGAUAUUAUCAAAAAAUCAAACAAACAUAGUGGAGAACUAUGAUACGGCAAUUUCAGGUGUAAUUUUUAAGAAUCAGACAAUGCAAGACCCUGAUUACCAUCUGCUGGUUAAUAAAUAUGUUAUUACUUUUUACAGAAGUAUCUUUGGCAAUAAAAUACAAAAUGUCACCAGCACGACUUUCAGUCAUGCCCGGGAACUGCGAUUUUUGUAAGUUCACUGCAAAUGGCAGUUCUUCAUCACGGUACCUACAAUAGAGCCACAUGUAUUGCAAUCGGAUAAGAUGCAGGUGUGAAGUUAAUUUAGAGUAUUAUAGUUAAUUGGGUAUAAUUUUUAAUUAGUUAAAGUCAAAGGAAAGGCUUGGGAAAAUGAGAUAUACAAUUUAUUAUAAUCUAACUUUAUUUUCACCUUCUAUUUAAAUUUGCAGGUUCAUGCACUACAACCUGAUGGCUGAGCUCCCCAUAGGCUUUUUUGGGCUUCUGCCGCACAUUAUUAGAGUGUAA